UGAAGCCCCAGCGAGCGGCUGCGGCGGGGCUGUGAGUAGCAGCCAACGGGAGGAGGCGGCGGCGGCGAGUCGGUGAGCAGCUGGAGAGCGCGGAGCCGGGCGCAGCACCUGCAGGCACGGGCGGCGGCCCCACCAUGGCGAUUCGUAAGAAGAGCAGCAAGAGCCCCCCGGUCCUGAGCCAUGAAUUCGUGCUGCAGAAUCACGCGGACAUCGUCUCCUGUGUGGCGAUGGUCUUCCUGCUGGGGCUCAUGUUCGAGAUAACAGCAAAAGCUUCUAUCAUUUUUGUUACUCUUCAGUACAAUGUUACUCUUCCUGCAACAGAGGAACAAGCUACUGAAUCAGCAUCCCUUUAUUACUAUGGUAUCAAAGAUUUGGCUACAGUUUUCUUCUACAUGCUAGUGGCGAUAAUUAUUCAUGCCAUAAUUCAAGAAUAUGUAUUGGAUAAAAUUAAUAGACGAAUGCACUUCUCCAAAACGAAACAUAGCAAGUUUAACGAAUCUGGUCAGCUUAGUGCGUUCUACCUUUUUGCUUGUGUUUGGGGUACAUUCAUUCUAAUCUCUGAAAACUACAUCUCAGAUCCAACUAUCUUAUGGAGGGCUUAUCCCCAUAACCUGAUGACAUUUCAAAUGAAGUUUUUCUACAUAUCACAGUUGGCUUACUGGUUUCAUGCUUUCCCUGAACUCUACUUCCAGAAAACCAAAAAAGUAAGGUGGUAUUUUUGUACUUUUAAAUAUUGUCUUGUCACUUUUUUCUCUCUUUAAGGUUUUUCUACAAUUAAAUAUUUUCUUACCUCUUUGCCC